GUAAAUUGGUGAAAGUUGAAUGAAUGAAUGAAUGGAUAUUGGAUAGUACAACAAAAGAAGAGCAGCAGAGGUGCAGUGAUGAAAUAAAACGUCCAUUCUGACCAAACACUGCCACCCAUUGUCACUGCCAUCAUCAUCAAAACCCUCUUUCUUAUAGGGUCAGAAUCAAUUCCUCUUCCCUAUACUAUACACUCUUUAUUUACUCUUAUCUCUCUCUUCUUUCCUUCUCUUGUCUUCCUGUGUGUUGAGAUAUGGAAAAUUUGCUGGAUUUUUCACAACAGGACACCUCUUCUGCUGGUUAUUAACCUACUAUCAUUCAUUUAUUAAUGCAACAUUAUUAUUAUCAUUAUUACUAGUGCACAACAAACAAACAAACUCUUCCACUUGCAAAAAAGGCAAAAAAAUGAUGCAGACUUAGAGAGAGAAAUGGGUUAGGCUCAUAAACUCAAAAGCAUUCAUUCUUGGGUUUUGUUUUGCUGGUGAUGAUGAUGGAAAUGGGAUGUAAGUUUUGGGUUUCGGAGUGGUGGCAGUGUAAAAACAAGAAAGCAUCCAAAAAUCAUUAGUAGAGUAGAGUUGUGUUAAAAGCUGGAAGAAGAUAAACAAAAUAAGGGUCUGAGUCUGGAUCCUCCCAGAACUAAUCACCAUCCUCUUCAUCACCAUCAUCAACGCAACCAACAACACCCUCACCAUCACAUACCAGAUGAACAAGAAGAAGAAGAUGAACAAAACUCUUCUCAAAAACACUAUCAAUACCAAGACCCAACCUUUCCUUUUCAUCACCCAUACUUCCAACAACAUCUAGAUUUAGAACCAGAGCCGGAACCAGAACCAGAACCAGAACAGGAACCAAUUCAACCAUCAAAGAAACGUUCAUUUUUCCUUCCACCACUUCACCCAAAUCAACCACCAACAACAACAUCCUUCUCCUCUUCCAUCGAAUAUGCAAGAAAGAUGGGAGAAGCAACACAAUCAGCAGAAACAGCAACCCCGACAACCAAAACCAAAACAGCAGCCUCGUCAAAGAGAACUGGCGGAGGUGGAGAAAUUGUGGAGGUGGAAGGAGGUCACAUUGUCCGGUCUACUGGGCGGAAAGACCGUCACAGCAAAGUGUGCACCGCUAAAGGUCCCCGGGACCGCCGUGUACGGCUCUCGGCCCACACCGCGAUCCAAUUCUACGAUGUGCAAGACCGUUUGGGCUACGACCGGCCUAGUAAGGCAGUUGAUUGGCUUAUCAAAAAAGCCAAAUCCGCCAUUGACGAACUCGCUCAGCUUCCCGCAUGGAACCCCACCGCAACAUGCUCUUCAACGCCACAACAGCAGCAAACUAACGAGUUGUACCGCCGGCAGUCCCCGGUGGACAACAGUCCAGUAACCGCAUCCACCAGUCACCGCUUAGCGGCAUUAGAGCGAAGAAUACCACAGGAACAAUUUUCUUCCCAGCCAUUAGAGAUAGACUAUAAUAACAGUAGCGGGAAGCAUGGUUUUCUUCAUGGCUCAUUGGAUACAGACAUUGCGGAUACUAUUAAAUCGUUUUUCCCAGUUGAAACGCCCACGGCAUCGUUUCACAGCUACCCACAACCGCCGGAUUUGCUCUCCCGAACUGCCGCAACCACUCAGCAAGAUCUCCGCCUCUCCUUGCAAUCUUUUCAAGAUCCUAUUAUGCUUCACCACCAAUCUCAAAGCCACCAUGACCACCACCACAAUCACCAAGUACUUUUCGCCGGAAACUCCUCACUCGGUUUCGACGGUGGUGGAACCAACAACAACAUGUGGUCUGAGCAGCAGCAGCAUCAAGAGGAACAUGAUAAUGGCAGAUUGCAUAGAAUGAUGGCUUGGAAUGCUAAUGUUAAUGCUGCAGAUGGUGGUAACAGUGGCCACGGAGCUGGAUUUGUGUUCAGCACACCCGCCCCAGCUUUCGGCGGUUUUGGCCAGCUUUUUUCUCAGAGGGGACCCCUUCAGUCCAGUAACAAUCCUUCAGUUCGUGCUUGGAUAGAUCCAUCCAUGGCGGGGACGGUGAAUAUGACCGAUCACCACCAUCACUAUCUUUCGCCGAUGAUCCAUCAGGCUUCUGUCUCUGGUGGUGGAUUCUCCGGCUUUCGCAUACCAACACGAAUUCAAGGUGAAGAGGAACACGACGGCGUAUCUGAUAAACCGUCCUCUGCUUCCUCUGAUUCUCGCCAUUGAUCGAAACACUAUUAAAAAAAAAUCUAAACUUUCAGGUUCACCGGUUGCUUUGAAGAUGAUUCUCUAGACAGAUUAGGUUGGUGUCCUUCAAGAAUAACUUGAGUUUGGAUUUUCAGAUGUUUCUACUACAAUUCAAUGGCUAUAAAAACCGUGUGGGAAUGAAGAAAAUCUUGUUUGAAUGAUUCAUUCAGGUUUUCAAUUUCAAUUUCAGUCCCCCGGCUAUGUUAUGCAUUUUAUAUUUAUUCUUCAAGCUUUGACUAAGACUAUGUAAUGUGUGUUUCCUUUGCUUCAUCUAUGUUGUUGGAUUGCAAUUUGUAGCAAUUGUGUUGUAUGUUCUUAAUAUGUACUUAUUCCAUUUCUAGUUUUUCAACUAGAUAUCUGGAAGAAAAAUAACAUGCAGAUUAAAAUAAAUGAGCUAGUUUGCUCAAAAGUUGUUGUUUA